AUGAAUAUUGACGUUGUAUCUGAUAAAAAUCCUGCUGAACCUGAUAAAUUUUUUCAAAAAUUAUUCGACACUCAUAUUUGUACAUGCCGACAAUACAAUCGUAAUACUAAUGCCUACCCAAAUGAUAGUGAAGAACAACAACAACAAUUGUACCCGCAAAUGAGAAAGUUAUACAAUGAUGAUACCGACCUACUUGAAUAUGUGUAUAUUAUUAUGUCAACAGUUAAACCAAGUGACUCAUUGACUAAACAACAAGACGAAACUUGCGAGCAGCCACCUCAUCGUCAACAAACACGAGUUUCCAAACAACGUGCUAAAGUUCGAAUUACAGAAUAUUGUCGUGAAAAAUAA